AUGCAACCAACUAUCAUUCUUGUCACUGGUGCUAACAAAGGCUUGGGCUUUGAAGUUGUGAAAAAGCUUGUGACUGCUUCAACUGAUCCCAAUAAGACAAUUAUUCUACUCGGCAGUCGUGAUAUACAACGAGGGCAAGAAGCUAUUUCUCGAUUAUGUUCACCACCGAAUGUACACUUACUUCAAUUGGAUACUUCGUCACAAGAUAGUAUCGCUCGUGCUACUAAUGAGAUUAAAGAAAAAUAUAAUGGCCAUCUUGACAUUCUCAUCAAUAAUGCAGGUAUAAUGACACGAAAAACAACGAUCGAUGCAGCUCGAGAAGUAUUUGCUACGAACUAUUAUGGUAUCAAAAUGAUCAAUGAGUAUAUGUUUCCUCUUUUGCAAGAAAAUGGUCGUAUUGUGAAUGUGUCAAGUGAAGUAGGUUCUUGGACUUUGCAUACAGCAUCGAGUGACCUUCAGAACAAAUAUUCGUCACCGACAUUGACAACAGAAGAAUUAGAUCAACUUGUGAAAGAUUUUUUUUCAGCUAUUGAACAAGGCAAGGUUGAUACAAGUGGUUAUGAUUCUAAAUGGCCAAUGUUAAUAUAUGGCAUGUCUAAAGCUGCUCUCACUGCUCUCACUCGAAUCGAAGCACGUCAAUGGUCAGCUAUCAAGAAUAUUUUAGUACUGGCUGUAUGUCCCGGUUAUUGUGCUACUGAUGCGACUUAUCAUGCAUCAGGAGCUCGUCCUGUUGAAUUCGGCGCUGAUUCUAUUCUUUGCGUAGUCAACACUCGACCAAAUGAACUUGAAAAUGGUGCUUUCUAUCAAGACGGAAUAAAAAAAUCGCAAGUCAUUGCUUGUACAGUGGACCUACCCAAAUAUGAAGAUCCCGAAAAAAAUAAGAAAGACUAA